GUCUAAUCACUAAUGUCUGUAUUAAUGAUAAUAAAUUAUAAAAGUAUAUUUUUACCACAUCGAGUAAUUCAAGAAAUAGAAAAGUUAUAAAUUUAGAAAAUAUAUUCAUUGUGCUGUGCGCUAUUUUGUCAUUAGUAGGGGUUAAAACCCUUUAUUCAAAACACUGCUUUAUAACCUGUAAAGAUUUGUCUGUUUAUGUUAUGCUUUACUUAAAUAAAUGGCAGAAAAUAGGGAUUUCAAUGAUAUUCUAGAUGAUAUCGUUUUAAGUGAGGAUGCUCAAGAAAAGGAGAGUUACAAGGAAGGUUAUCAACAAGGAGUUGAAACUGGUAAUGCAGACGGUUUUCAUUUAGGUUAUCACAGAGGCUUUCAACUCGGACGUGAAUUAGGUUACUACAUGAGAAUAGUUAGACAUCAUUUAGAAUUGAAUGACACAUUAGACCCAAAAUAUUCUGAUAAAAUUCUUAAACAAUUGGAAAAGAUAAAAGAGUUGAUUGAUGAAUUUCCUCGAACCAAUUCUGAAGAACAUGACAUUUUAAAGAUGGCUGAGACCAUCAGAGCUCAGUUUAGAAAAGCCUGUUCCUUGUUAAAAAUUUCAUCAAACAUGCCAUAUGAUGCUGGAGUUUCUUUCUAAAGCAAUAAG